CCGGCGGCGCGGGCGGCGAGCAGGAGCGAGGGCGGUGGUCGGCCCCGCGCGGCAAAAAAUUCUCAACUGUGUAGCUCUAGGAAACGGAACUUUGGUUUAGAAGAAGACAGUGGAUUCGCUUACAAGUACAUCUGACUAUUCACCAUGAAAUUAGGAAAAACUAAAGGAGGUAUUUCUCGAAGCUCAAGCCAAGGACGAGCCUCUGAGAAUAAGCGCAAAACAGGCCGGGAGAGGCAAAAAUGGGGAGUGACUAUUCGAUUUGACUCAAGCUUGAGUAGACUGAGAAGAAGCUUGGAUGACAAACCCUAUAAAUGUACUGAAUGUGAAAAGAGCUUUAGUCAGAGUUCAACUCUUUUUCAACACCAGAAGAUUCAUACUGGAAAGAAAUCCCAUAAAUGUGCUGAUUGUGGGAAAAGUUUCUUUCAAAGUUCUAAUCUCAUUCAACAUCGGCGGAUCCAUACUGGGGAAAAGCCAUAUAUAUGUGAUGAGUGUGGAGAAAGAUUUAAACAGAGCUCCAAUCUCAUUCAGCACCAGAGGAUUCAUACUGGAGAAAAACCCUAUCAGUGUGAUGAAUGUGGCCGAUGUUUCAGCCAGAGUUCCCACCUUAUUCAACAUCAGAGAACCCACACUGGGGAGAAACCUUACCAGUGCAGUGAAUGUGGCAAAUGCUUCAGCCAGAGCUCUCAUCUGAGGCAGCACACAAAGGUGCACAAAGAAGAGAAGCCUCGUAAAACCCGGGGUAAAAAUAUCAGGGCAAAAACUCACUUAUCCUCUUGGAAAGCUGGUACAGGAAGGAAGUCAGUGGCUCGCCUCCGCUAAGACCAGCCCUCUUUUUAAAAAGUAGUAAAAAAUAAAGCAGUCUCUUUUAGAAGUGGAGAUGCUUUAUAGUAGAGCACUUAAAUACUGGAUCCUUCCUCACAUGGAGACAUUGAGAAUUAAUGACAUUGGGCUAAAAGAAACCACAUGAGUCUAGCUGCCCUCAUUUCUUUUUUAUGUGACAUGGAGCACAAAGAACUAAAAAUAUGUUUUGAAAAAGUACAAGAUCCUUGACCUCAUUUGAAAUUGCUUCCUGCAUCAUUUUGACAAAAACCAUCAUGUUGUAUAGACAUAUUUGUGAAAAGUACAGGCAUGCUGAUGAUUUUAGCAUUCUGCAGAAAGAAUAACGAAAUAAAAGGGAGAAGACAUUAAUUCCAUUAGUUUUGAAG